AUGGACCCUGAAGCUGUCCCGGUUUUUCAAUCAAUGCGUCGUAUACCUUUGCCAUUAGAGCAAGCAGUUGCAAAGAAAAUCGAUGAAUUACUGAAACGUGGAAUCAUCGAAAUCAAGACGGGGCCCACCAGCUGGGUAUCACCACUGGUUGUCGUAGCGAAGGUGAACGGCGAGCCUCGAUUGUGUAUUGAUCUCCGGUGUGUAAAUGAGGCUGUUCUUCGAGAACAUCAUCCGAUGCCCGUUGUGGACGAUUACAUCGCGCGACUAAGGAGAGGAUCAAUUUGGAGCAAACUCGAUAUUUGCGAGGCAUUCUUACAGGUUGAACUGGCAGAAGAAUCCCGAGACGUCACUACUUUUAUGACUAAUCGUGGGCUAUUUCGCUUCAAGAGACUACCGUUCGGCUUGGUAACAGCACCGGAGCUUUUUCAAAAAGCUAUGGACGAGAUACUGGCAGUUUGUGACGGUACCUAUUGGUACCUCGACGAUAUAAUCAUCGAAGGGAAGAACAUCGAGGAGCACGACAGUCGCCUUGAAAAGGUACAAUAG